AUGAUUCACGCAGUUCGUUUGCUCUUUCUAUGUCUGUGUUUGACCAACGCGCUCCAGUUUGAGUCUGAGGAUGUGGUCCCUCAUAGGAUCAACUCCAGACUGAGCAGUCGCUUCUGGAAACGCAGUGAGGAGCAGCCCAGGUUCAGGCUCAGUGCGUUUGGCCAGGAUCUGACGCUGAACCUCAUCCCAGACACAAGUUUCCUCUCGCCUUACUUUAGCAUCCAGCGGAUCCGCUCUGGCCAGCCCGUAAUGGACAGCACCAUGAACCGGACCCAUGAGAGCGAGGGCCACCUGAGGAGCUGCUUCUACUCCGGAAACGUGAACGGGGAUGAGAGCUCUGUCGUGGCUCUCAGUCUAUGCUCUGGCAUUUAUGGCUCCUUCAUUACGCACGGGAAAGAGUAUUUUAUUGAACCCAAGCAGCGUAAUAACGGCGUCCACUCCACAGAGCAGAGCCAUGUGAUCAAGAGGAGAGCGCUUGGCACACACUCUGGGUCAGUGCGCUUUGACCGCUCCGCGCCGGUAGUGGAGGAGACAGCGGAGGAGGAGAGAAGUGGGGAAAGUUUGACGCGCGGCAGCAGUGACGCACGCGGCCAGAUGCGCAGGAGACGCUUUGUUUCCGCGCCACGCUUUAUCGAGACGCUGGUGGUGGCAGACGCGAGCAUGACCCACUUCUAUGGCGAUGAAAUAAAGCACUACAUCCUGACGCUGAUGUCCAUGGCAGCGCACCUGUACAAACACCCCAGCAUUAAGAACCAGGUGAACUUGGUGGUGGUGAAGAUGCUCGUGGUGGAGGAUGAGGAAGUUGGGCCGGGAGUGUCCAGUAUCGGAGGAAUGACUUUGAGGAACUUCUGCUCCUGGCAACAGCUCUUCAACCCCCCCAGCCAGAGGCACCCGGGCCACUAUGACACAGCCAUGCUAUUCACCAGAGAGGACAUCUGUGGCCACGACAGCUGUGACACACUGGGAGUGUCUGAUGUUGGAACGAUGUGCGACCCAAAGUCGAGCUGCUCUGUUAUUGAAGACAGUGGACUUCAAGCUGCUUUCACUGCUGCACAUGAACUUGGUCACGUGUUAAGCAUGCCUCAUGAUGACUCCAAAACAUGUAAGACACAGUUUGGAGACCUGGGAGGACAUUAUCUCAUGGCCCCGCUUUUUGUGAGUCUCAACAAGAGUUCCCCGUGGUCCCCUUGCAGCGCGCUCUAUGUCACCGACUUCUUUGACAGUGGAUAUGGAGACUGUUUGCUGGACUUCCCAGAGAACGUCAUCCCUUUACCUCAAGAGCUCCCUGGCCUCAAAUACAGCCUGGACCAUCAGUGCCAGCAAAUCUUCGGAGAGGAGUUUUCUCUUUGUCCAAACAUGUCCGACAGCGACCUCUGCGCUCAGCUGUGGUGCCAGGAGGACGGGACCUCACAGUGCACUACGAGGAACGGCAGUUUGCCCUGGGCUGAUGGCACCACAUGCAGUGAGAACGGGGCUUGUCUGAACGGACUGUGCACGUCAAAAGAAGAGGUUAUGCAAGUGCCGGUGGUGCUCGAUGGCGGCUGGAGUGAGUGGGGGCCCUGGCAGCUGUGCUCCAGAACUUGUGGAGGGGGAGUGGAGUUCUCCUACAGGGAGUGCACGGACCCUUCCCCACAAAACGGAGGCAAGUACUGUGAAGGUCAGAGGGUGCGGUACCAGUCCUGCAACAUACAGCCCUGUGAGAACAGUGGAGGAAAAAGUUUCAGAGAGGAACAGUGUGAGAUGAACAACAGUCCUAACUAUCUGGAUUUUAAUGGUAACGCCAAACAGUGGAUCCCCAAAUAUGCUGGGGUUUCUCCGAGAGACAGGUGUAAACUGUCCUGUCGAGCCAAGGGCAGCAAUGAGUUUAAGGUGUUUGGAUCUAAGGUAGUGGAUGGCACGACCUGCGGUCCAGACACCACUUCUGUAUGUGUUCAGGGACAGUGUGUGAAGGCAGGCUGCGAUCAGGUCAUUGGGUCCAAUAAAAGAGUGGACAAGUGUGGUAUUUGUGGAGGAGAUGGGCUCUCCUGCAGGAAAAUCACAGGCUCAUACAACAAAGCAACCUUUGGCUACAAUGACAUAGUCACUAUUCCUGUGGGAGCUACUAAUAUUGAUAUCAAACAGCGAAGCCACAGAGGCCUGAAGCAUGAUGGGAACUACCUAGCCGUGAAGAGAGAAAGUGGAGGGUACAUCCUGAAUGGAAACUUCUCUGUGUCCACGGUGGAGCAGGACAUCCCUGUGCAUGGGGCUGUACUCAAGUACAGUGGCUCUUCUACCACUCUGGAGAGGAUCCAGAGCUUCAGUCAGCUCAAAGAGACCAUCACAGUGCAGUUGUUAGCCACUGGGGGUGACGACAACCCUCCAAAGGUCAAAUACUCAUUUUACAUCCCAAGAGACACAACAUUAAAUAAAUCUAAAGAGAAGAAAGGCCUUUCUGUGCAUGGCUACCAUCCUUCUGGCAUUCCUGAGUGGGUGCUUGGGGAGUGGUCCGAGUGCUCUAAGAGCUGUGGUUCUGGUUGGUCCAGGAGGACUGUGGAGUGUAGGGACAAUACAGGUUUCCUCUCUGGACCAUGUGAAGAGCCUAAGCCUGCCGACAUAAAGGCCUGUGGUGACCUGCCUUGUCCCAUGUGGCAGAUGGGUCCCUGGUCCUCCUGUUCUCAGACUUGUGGUCAGGGCGAGCGGCGCCGCACUGUGGUCUGCAUAGACUACACAGGGAAGACUGUAGAACCGGACAAGUGUGACGCAAACAAAAUCCCAGAGCCAGUGUCUGGAGACUGCUUCAACCCUCAAGCUGCCUCCGCGCUGGUGUCUGGAGGCUGGAGGGCUGACAAGCGUCCUACAGGCUCACAGCUGUCCCCGAGCACCGCCGCUUUGUGUCGGCUCAGCAUCCCCAGGCCCCCCGACUCUUCCGGGCCUGUGCGCGGAAGGUACGCGGCUGUGAGCGGCUCUCUGCCCGCGCACGUGGACGGUCUGCGGGUGUUGUUGUUGGCGCGAGGCUCGUGGCUCUCACGUUCCCUGUGCAACCCUGAGUGCAACAUGGGGGCCAAGACCUUCACUCACACAUCAAUCUCCCACAGUCAGGAGAUGUUGGACAAACUCAAUGCCCUGCGCAGCGAGGGGCACUUGUGUGACGUCACCAUCCGGGUUCAAGACAAACUGUUUCUCGCACACAAGGUGGUCCUGGCCUGCUGCAGCGACUUCUUCCGCUCCAAACUGGUGGGACGUUCGGAGGAGGACAAGUUUGUGUUGGACCUUCAUCACGUCACGGUCAGCGGCUUCGCUCCGCUGCUGGAAUACGCCUACACGUCCACUCUCUCCAUUAGCACGGAGAACAUUAUCGACGUCCUCGCCGCUGCAAGCUACAUGCAGAUGUUUGCUGUGGCUAGUACAUGCUCCGAGUUCAUGAAGUCCAGUAUUCUGUGGAGCCCUGGCAGCAACAACAGCCUCAGUGCAGAUAAACGCCAUGAGUCUGUUCCGGAAAGUGCAUCAUCUCAUUGUACGCUUAUUCCUAUGGAUGGAAGCGUGUCACCCGUGUCUUCAGACUGCAGCGUCAUGGAGAGGAAUGUACCGGUGUGCAGAGAAUCACGGCGAAAACGCAAGACCUUUGUGACUAUGGCGUCGCCCGAAAGCCCACUCAAAUGCACGACGCAAAUGGUAACCACAUCUCCUCAAAUCACAAACCCCUCGCCUUCAUUUUCCGACAAUGCAGCGCAGCCCAUUGAGUCGUCUCUGGCUUUCCCAUGGACUUUUCCGUUUGGGAUCGAUCGCAGGUUUCACUCGGAUAAAUCCAAGCUGUCGGAAAGUCCUCGCUGUUUGGACCAGGGGGCUGCUGGGAGCUCGGAGGUGGUGGGUCGACGUCUCAGUGAUUUUCUGUCGUGUGAAAGCUCCAAGGUUGUUUCGCCCCCUGUGGUGGUGGAGGAGGAUGACGUGAGGGUGAAGGUGGAGCGGCUGAGUGAUGAAGAGGUGCAGGAGGCCUCACAGACGGUCAGUGCAUCCCAGAGCUCCAUGAGCGACCAGCAGACGGUCCCCGGCAGUGAGCAGGUCCAAGAGGAGCUGCUGAUCAGUCCACAGUCCUCCUCCAUAGGCUCCAUGGAUGAAGGUGUGUCAGAGGCGCUGCCUUCAAUGCAGGGCGCCUCGAAUACUGGAGGACACAAUGAUGACGAUGAAAGGCUCGAGGGUAUUCAGUAUCCAUACCACCUUUACAUCAGUCCAUCAGCCAGACCUGGUACUAAUGGUCCUGACAGACCCUUUCAGUGUCCCACAUGUGGAGUCCGAUUCACUCGAAUACAAAACCUUAAGCAGCACAUGCUCAUACAUUCCGGCAUUAAACCUUUCCAGUGUGACCGCUGUGGGAAAAAGUUCACACGGGCCUACUCCUUAAAGAUGCAUCGACUGAAGCACGAAGGUAAACGCUGUUUCCGGUGCCAGAUUUGUAGUGCCACAUUCACGUCCUUCGGUGAAUAUAAGCACCACAUGAGGGUCUCCCGACACAUAAUCCGCAAGCCACGGAUUUACGAGUGCAAAACAUGCGGCGCCAUGUUCACCAACUCUGGAAAUUUAAUUGUACACCUGAGGAGUCUGAACCAUGAAGCCUCCGAGCUAGCAAACUACUUCCAGAGCAGUGAUUUCCUCGUGCCCGACUACUUGAGCCAGGUGCAAGAGGAGGAGGAGGUGCUGGGAGUUCAGUACGACCACCCUGUCCCUGUCCCGUACACUGCUGCAUCCUCCUCUGUGCAACUGCCCGUCAUCUCACAGGUCUCCUCCUCCACCCACCACUGCGAGAGCUCCACAGGCUUCCUCUCUCCAGAGCCUGCCGAUCCGCCAGACGCCCCACCCUCCCCCAAGGUGGCCGCCAGUGAUGUCACUACGGCCCUGACGGAGGAGGUCAAGGCCGAGCACAGCGUGGGUGGCUGUUCCCCAGAGGCAUUUGAGGAGGACCAGCCCGACCAGGCAAAAGAGCUGGUGCGCAUUACCAUAGAGUGA